CACUCCUUCCCUUCUAUUGCCAUCAUCGGCCACCACAAAGACACGUUCAUCCAACUCAUCUCCUCUACCAAACACUGCUCCUGCAACCUCUCUGAAGCUCAGCUCAGCUCAGCUCUGCUCUGCUCUGUUCCAUUAUUGAGAGGCUGGGAGCUCGUAGAGGGAUGUCAGCAGCAGCGUUUGCGAAGCCGGGAAUAACCUCCAUUCUCGCGUCCGACGGCGGGAGCCUGAAGUCGGUGUCGUCCCUGAGGAGGACCCUCUCUGCCGACAUGUCAUCCCAGAAAUGGAUGGCCCAGAACGGCCUCGCUUCAUCAUCCGAGGAGCACUGCGCCGAUGACAUCGGCGCGGAUUCUCCCGAUUCUCUCGAAGAAGAAGUUUCUGAAGGGGAGUCGGAAUCGGAGCCGUCCGAGUUCAAUAUCUGGAGCUCGAUCCGAGAAGAAAAUAUGAGGAAAAAGACCGAGCUCGAGGAGCCGAGGCAGUCUGACAUUUGGAGCUCCAUUCUGUCGCAGAAGACCGACCAACCAGCCCCUGCAGCCCCCUACAUUCAUCACCUCGUAAAGAGAUCAAUGAGCUGCCUCAGCGAGAAGAGCCUCGAGGUCUGCACUGAAAGCCUCGGGUCCGAGUCGGGCUCCGAUGGGUUCUCAUCUUACCCUUCGUCGGAGACCAGCGACGGGGAGGAGGACAAGGAGGAAUUUAUUGAAGAGACAGAGCGAGCGGUGCCUUCGAGCUCGUCCUUGAUCAGUAAGAAGAGGCAGCUGCAGCAACUUACUCGAUCAAGAUCAUUCCCUCCUCCCCUCCCUUCUCUUUCCCGCCAAAAUGGGGCCUCCCUUCACGUUCGGUCUCAUCGGGAUAAUGGGCGGCUGGUUCUCGAGGCUGUCUCGGUGAAGGAACAGAACAACUUCCGAGCACAACGAGAAGAUGGCCGCCUUGUUCUCACGUUUGUCGGAGAUCCAUCUAAUGAUAGCGAUCACAGUGAAGAGUUUAAUAAAGGAGAUGAGAAUGAUACGGAGGAAACUGGUGAUUGGUCAGCGGAUUUCGGAGCCGAAGAUGAUGAGCAAGAUGAAGAGGUUAAAGAGAAAGAUGUGGAAACAGAGGAAACAGGGGAGGCAGGGAACAAAAUGGAACUCAUCUUGGAGGAAUUACCAAAACCGUCCACCGGAGAAGUAAGAGUGAAUAAGUUUGCUAUCCUCAUGAAUAAACCCGUCGUGUUAGCCAAUACGAAUCCCCUGUUGUCCGACAAGUUUGGCGAGGUCGUUUUCUUCGGGGAUAGCAAAGAGGAGACGUUUAAACUGCAACAGUCGCUGUCCCAGAUGACGAGGUUGGCGCAAGUAAAUAUCGCCGAAAAGCCGACAGUUACCACAACUUUCUAUGGCAACACAUACGACUAUUUCUGGCGAACGAAAUCUGCAGCACUCGACGCCCUGACCUCCGAGCAUCCUCUCAUCGUGAAAGGCCACGACAACCACAACUACAUCAUCUCUAAGGACAUGGCGAUGUCUAACGAUAGUCGAGAGCUGUUGGUAUUGAGAGGGAACGAUGCGGACUACUUGGUGCCACUGAUACAGAGCUGCAAGGACACAAGAAGGUCUCUCCUGUUCUUGGGGCCACGCUGCAUCGCGACCUCGUAAUGGAUCCUACCGUUUGUCAAGCGAUUAAUCAUGAAGCCCCUCCCUUUUUACCAUUGCAUGCAUCCCUUUAAAAUCAACUUUGGGUAGUCAAAUAAGCUCUUUGAGUGAGAGUUCCCUUUUUCACGAUCCCUAUUGCAUGAACAUGAUGACAUUAGUUUAAGUGAGGCAUUAAUUCCCAUCGGCCAAAAAAAAAAAAAAUCUUGGGAGCAAUAUCGUGUUUGACAAUUACAUUUCCCUUUUCAGCCCCGACAAUUAAUAAUGAUGUCGCCCUUUUCUUCCUUUUACCUUGCUUUUGGGAACCCUGGGCCAAUGGGGUGUCUACACAAUUUAGACACUGUUGCUUUAGUAAAGAUCGUGAAUAUGACCUGUCUUGUAUUGUUUGCCACAUUGAUCGAUGUUUUCGGGAUAUAUUUCUUUCUUAUCUAAUAACAAAACGUUAAUUAGUUCGUA